AUGUCACUCACUUCUAUCCUUUCCGCGGAGGAUAUUGAGAAUGCCGUCAAGGAGUUCCAAGCCCCAGACUCCUUCAGCUUCAAGAAGUUUUUCCAGCUGUGUGGUCUGACCUCCAAGUCUCCCAAAGAAGUCAAAGAUGUCUUCCAGAUCCUUGACGACGACAACAGUGGCUACAUCGAGGAGUCAGAGCUCAAGUUCUUCCUGCAACGGUUUGUUCCCGGGGCGCGGACACUGACAGACGCUGAGUGCAAAGGCUUCCUGUCUGCAGCUGAUGAUGACAACGAUGGCAAGAUCGGAGUAGAAGAAUUCCUGAUCAUGGUCCAGUCCUGA